AUGGAUCGAAGUUGGAUGAAAGCAAAACGCAUCAGUGAUGAGUAUGAGAACGGGGUGGAACAAUUUCUACUGUUUACGCAACUUAAUGCUGAAAGUUUGAGGGGCAAUUAUUUUUGCCCAUGUGUUAAAUGUCUUAAUGGUAGACGACAGUCAGUUGAUGAAAUCCGAUCACAUCUGAUAUGUUACGGCAUCAUUCCAAAUUACACAAAAUGGAUAUGGCAUGGGGAAUCGGCCGACAUUCCAGCUGUUUCUCAGUCUCAGGCGGUUCACGAAGACAGCGGAGAGCGUAUAGAGGAAAUGAUCCGUGAUCUUGGACAAGAGACUUUUGAGCAAGCGCAUGCACCUCUGUAUGAUACAAUAGAACGUGAUUCCAACACGCCAUUGUAUCAGGGGUGCACAUCUUUCACGCGGUUGUCAGCUGUGUUAGCUUUGGUAAACUUGAAGGCAAGAUUUGGGUGGAGUGAUAAAAGCUUCACUGAAUUGCUGGUCUUAUUGAAGAACAUGCUUCCUGAACAAAACACUUUGCCGAAAAAUCACUACGAGGCCAAAAAGAUUUUGUGUCCAGUGGGAAUGGAGUACAAGAAGAUCCAUGCAUGCCCUAAUGAUUGCAUAUUGUAUAGAAAUGAGUAUGCAGAACUACGGCAAUGCCCCACGUGUGGGGUAUCACGAUACAAAGUGCAACACGAUGAAUUAACUGAUGAUGCAGGAACCAAAAAUUGUCGUCCUGCCAAGGUGUGCUGGUAUCUUCCAAUAAUACCAAGGUUUAAGCGAUUGUUUGCUAAUGCACAUGAUGCAAAAAACCUUUCAUGGCAUUCGGAUGACCGAAAAUCUGAUGGAUUACUGCGACAUCCUGCCGAUUCGCCACAGUGGAAGACAAUUGAUCGUUUGUAUCCAGAGUUUGGGGAUGAGCCAAGGAACCUAAGGCUUGCUCUUGCUUCUGAUGGAAUGAAUCCUUAUGGUAGCUUAAGUAGCAACCACAGUUCCUGGCCUGUUUUACUGAUGAUUUACAACCUUCCCCCAUGGUUGUGCAUUUUGCGUAAAUACAUUAUCCUGUGUAUGAUGAUCGCGGGUCCAAGGCAGCCAGGGAAUGAUAUUGAUGUGUAUCUUACACCAUUAAUCGAAGACUUGAAACAAUUGUGGGAAGAAGGGGUAGAUGUGUGGGAUGCAAAUGUGCAGCAGACGUUCAGGUUACGCACAAUGGUGUUUUGUACUAUUAAUGAUUUUCCAGCAUAUGGAAAUUUAAGUGGAUACAGUGUGAAAGGGCAUCAUGCAUGUCCUAUCUGUGAGAAAAACACAAGCUUCAUCCAACUCAAGCAUGGAAAGAAGACAGUAUAUACCAGACACCGAAGAUUUCUAAAAGCUUUUCACCCUUAUCGACGAUUGAAAAAAGCUUUUAAUGGAAGUCAGGAGAAUGAAGGCCCCCCAGAAGCAUUAACUGGAAACCAAGUUCAUGAUCGUGUAAAGGACAUUGUAACCGUGUUUGGCAAGUCCCAGAAGAAGACAUCAUCUCCCAACAACAUGUGGAAGAAACGCUCAAUAUUCUUUGAUCUUCCAUACUGGUCUGAUCUAUAUGUGCGGAAGACAAAGGAUGGUUUGAAAUGUCGUCAAGACUUGGUUGACAUGGGAAUACGAGAGCAGUUGCAUCCCAUAUCACAAGGUCGACGAACAUAUUUACCCCCAGCAUGCCACACACUGUCAACAGCAGAGAAGAAAAGUUUUUGUCAAUGUCUGCGGAAUGUCAAAGUUCCACAAGGAUACUCUUCAAAUAUCAAGAGCCUUGUCGCCCUCAAUGAUCUUAAGUUGGUUGGCUUGAAGUCUCAUGAUUGCCAUGUCUUAAUGCAACAAUUAUUGCCUGUUGCGAUUCGCGGCAUCUUGCCUGACAAAGUUAGAGUUGCCAUAACCCGUUUGUGCUUUCUUUUUAAUGCCAUAUGUAGUAAAGUCAUUAAUCCUCAUCAAUUGGAUGACUUGGAGAAUGAGGCUGCCAUUGUCAUUUGUCAGUUAGAGAUGUAUUUCCCACCAUCAUUUUUUGACAUCAUGGUUCACCUCAUUGUUCAUCUUGUGAGGGAAAUUCGGUUGUGUGGUCCGGUUUUUUUGCGGUGGAUGUAUCCAAUUGAACGCUACAUGAAAGUGUUGAAGGGAUAUACCAAAAAUCAAUACCGACCAGAAGCUUCCAUUGUAGAAAGGUAUGUUGCUGAAGAAGCUAUUGAGUUUUGUUCACAAUACAUGGAAACAGUUGAAGCUGUGGGGGUACCGAAAAUUCGUCAUGACCGGACACGAGGAGGUCAAGGGACACGAGGCUUCAAUGUUGUUACCAUGAGUCGACAAGAUGUGUCACAGGCGCAUUUGUAUAUCUUGAAUAACACACAGGAGGUCGUUCCAUACAUACAAACUCACAAACAAUAUCUGACAUCUAUUAACCCAAAAUUGAACAUGAUGAAAUUGUUACAAGAGCAUAAUAGAACUUUCAUGAACUGGUUUAAAGAAACAAUAAUGACUGAUGACAAUGCUUCCAAAACAUUAAGAUUGUUGGCUAUUGGUCCGAAUCUAAAUGUCCCUACUUGGCAGGGGUAUGACAUAAACAAUUAUUCGUUCUAUACAAAGUCACAAGAUGAUAAAAGUAGUGUGCAGAAUAGUGGGGUGCUUGUGGAGGCUCAUUCUGAGCACUUUUCUAGAGCAUCUGAUAACAACCCAAUUGAAGCCUCAAUGCCUUAUUUCGGAGUUAUUGAAGAAAUCUGGGAGCUUGAUUAUAAUCAAUUUAGAGUGCCAGUAUUUAAAUGUAACUGGGUUAAUGGAAAUACCGGUGUUCAUAGAGAUGAAAUGGGAUUCACUUUAGUAGACCUUAACAAGGUAGGUUACAAGGAGGAACCAUUCAUAAUGGCAGAACAAGCUAGACAAGUGUUUUACAUCCAAGAUCCAAAUAAUCGUACAUUAUUAGUGGUUCUACAAGGAAGGCCAAUUGGUGUUAGGGAACAAAUUCAUGAUGCAUCCCUUGACAUUUGUGAGACUCCUCAUUUUUGCACAAAAAUGCCUUCAAUAUGUGAACAAGCAGAGGUGGAUGACGUACAUGCGAUUCGUAAUGAUCAUGCUGAAGGUUUAUGGGAGAACAUUGCUCCUUAA